AUGACAUUCAAGUCUUACCAAGUUGUUGUUGAAGAAUUGGAAGAAGAAGAUGGAAAUUAUGAUUAUGAAGAAGAAAAAAUGAAUAGUGAAGAUUUAUUCUCAUUCAGUGAAGAAAAUGAUAAUGAUAAUGUCAAUUACAAUAAUAACGAUAAUGAUAAUGAUGAUAAUAAUAAUAGUAAUAGCAUUAGUGAUAGUGAUGACAGUGAAGAUGUCACAAUCGGUGACUAUGUUAUUGGUCAAGAUAAUGUUUCUCAAGGAUGUAAGAAUAAGAAGUCGAUUCUCGAUAAAGAACGUAUUCGUGAUAUUAUCAAGAACAGGAAGAAGCACAACAAGUCAACAUUCAUUUGUGGAAUCAGCAAGAAGAGGAACGGCAAGAAGUCUUUCCCAAGAUGGUAA